CUCUGUGUGAUUGAAAAACGCAUAAAUUAUAAAAUCACGACAUACUUUUUUUCAUUGACGAAAAUGGAUUGCUACUUGAGACGAUAUUUGUGUGAAACUAGUUUAUUGCGGGAAUAAAAACGACUAUCGCUGCGCUUAAUUUAAAAUACUAGUAAAAUGUAAUUAAUCGACUACGGGGUUCAGGUAUUCGGUGUCUGUCUGCGUUAAUCAUAUCUGCUCUAAAUCAAAAACCCAUAGAGAAAAUUUAAAAAAGGCAUUUUGUAUUUGCAAAACGAUGGGAGAUAAUAGGGAAAGUGGAUUUAUUAACAGUGAACCUUGUAUUGCGGAGUUUAUGACAAAUGUGCCUCACAUAAAUCAUGUCCUACCCGGGUCUUCCAUCAACAUGGCGAACGACACCGGAAGCUACUGCCAGACAUUCAACGGUGCACUUCCGGCGUCCCCUACCAGAGGCGACCUGGCUCUCGCCGGAACACCGGAAGCGGCGGACCACGUGAUCGGUUCGGGGAUCGGGAACGGCGGAGGGGGCAAGUUUAACGACUAUGAGUGGAUGAAGGACAAGAAACCUAUCCGGAAGUGCGAGCAGCCGCAGACCGUUCCUGACAUAGACUUCUCCCCAAACGGCGCUCAGGGGAACCCAAACGGCUCCUCCAACAACGUAACAUCCGGGGGAAGCGGAAGCGGCGGCGGUUCCAGACGGCUGCGAACCGCCUACACUAACACCCAACUGCUUGAACUGGAGAAGGAGUUCCACUUCAACAAAUACCUGUGUCGACCGAGGAGGAUCGAGAUUGCGGCGUCCCUUGAACUCACUGAGCGGCAAGUGAAGGUCUGGUUCCAGAAUCGGCGAAUGAAGUACAAGCGGCAGACUCAGGUUCAGCGACAAAAGACUGAGGCCCGUCUAGGAUCUGGAAGUUCAUUCCCAGACAGUCCGAACUCUUUCGAGGAGGACCAGUUGGAUUUAGCUGCCGGGCCUCCAUCAGUUAACGACAGCGGUGACGUUGGAAUGGAUAAUUCCGAUGAUUCUAUAAGGUGCCGCGGAAACUUAAUGGAAAUUGGUAUGACCGGUGAUCAUUUGUCAUUAAAAAGUGAACUUUUGGAUGACAUGGAAAGGGAAAACUUUGGUAAUGCGGACAAUUCAAGAAAGAUUUCUGAUGGUUCUGUUGAAGGAAACUCAUUUUCGCCAUCUUCUAGUAUUUCCGGUCAUAAAAAUUCCGUUCAAGGUUCGCCUCAUCUCCGCUCACCGGUAACCGGUACUCCAGAGUCCGGUACUCAAUUGUCUCCCGGUAACCGGGGUUUAGACAAUAACACUAGUGUUUAUACUGAUAUGGACGGUUCUCCUUCGGAUAAUGAAGUUCUAACGGCAAAUGUUGAACCCACAAUAGCUCAAACUUCUAAUCUGACGUUCAACCCAAACCAAGUCUCCGAUGAUGGCCAAACAAUUUUUACAUCCGGUGGACACCAGUUGCCUCAAUCGCAGCCAAGUUCCAUAGCAAAAACUAACAGUAUGAUCAUGGGGAUGAAAUCGAGCGUCUCGCCGCAUCGCGUUUCGGUAAAUUCAAGUGACAACUUUUAUCAGAACCCCGCGAAUGUGGCAGAUUUCCCUGGUGGGGCCGGUGGUCGUUUUUCGCGAGGUUCCGGCAUGAGCGAAAGCUACGGCGUUCUGAACAAUUACCCUCCUGUAUUCCCCGAAGACCAGCGGACGGUGAGAACUUCAAAGAGCAAUUUACAAACAAACUUCGCUCUUCCACACAUGCCACUGCAGAAACCCAAUCAGUCGCCUUACGUGGAGAAAUUCAACUCCAUGGAGACGCAACAUAAAGGGUAUGCGUACGCAAUGAAUGAGAGAGGAAGCGGAAUGAAUUCUGGGUAUAAAACUGUGAACAUGAACGCCAACCAGUUUAACUACGGUGGCGCUAAUUUUGACAUGAACUCCAACGCAUACUCUUCCCAUACCCGGGGCUAUUCGAACUACAAUAAUGGCGUCCAGGGUGAUAAUAUAAAUUUACAGGGACCUAUCUCCUCUGACGGCUUUGAAGGUGAAAACCCACAAUUAAAGCAAGUUUCUUUCACUCCGGGACAGUUAAAUGUCUAUCAAAAUGGCUUUUACUAUGGAAGUAAUUACGGGUCUGGAUUUCCAACCGGUGUCAACCGCACAAUGUCAUCCGGGCUAUUUUCACAACAAAAUUAUUUAAAUACUUCACCGUCGUCACAGGGGUCCAAUAUGGCGGAUAGUAACGGGAGUUUUGAACAAUUAGGGCCCGUUGAUGGGCCUUUAAACGCCCCAUCUAGUGAGUUUUCUAGUUUGUUUGGUGACUAUUACGGAUUUACUGCUCAGCAUGGAUUUCAGACAUGAAAAUGUCAACGAUAAAAUUAAAUGACACGAUAUUAGUAUUAAAUUGAAAUUCAGGGCUAUUUAUUUCCUUUUUAUUGAUUAUUUACAGUUUUUAAGUAAUAAUUCUAUCCAAUACAUAGUUGUUUUAAUUUAUUUCCAAAUCGAAUAUCUUCAUUUAGUUAAAAACUACAUUUUUACAACUGUUGAAAAAGACUUUAAAUAUAUUAGGAAUCAAAAUAAUAAUACUAAAAAAUUUAGAAAUUCAGUCCACGGUAUUUAAAGUCCAAAUUAAAUAUGAAAUUAGCCUAAGUUAAGCAUUACCAUUUAUGACACUUCAACAAUUAGAUGUAUAAUAUUGGAAUAGAAAUGAAAACAUUAGAAAAUUAUACAUUCUUAUGUUUUCGAAAUAUUGUAUUUAACGCUAUUUUAUACAUCACCUUUUUGAAUUAAAACCAAAUCAGGCGAUGCGAUAAUAAUGAAAUAAUUUUAGAAAUUCAGAUAACCCAACUGAGCAAACGUAUUUAAAUUUACAUUUCAUAAAAGUUAGCUCUAUUCCACAUAAGUAUUUCCGCACAUAUUAGAAGUCCGAUUUUCUCAAAUAUUUUCCAUGCGAUCUACUUUGUUGAACGAACGCAAGGAAAAUCUAAAACAGAAUAAUUAAAUAGUAAUUAAUUAUUAGAUAAAUGGGGUAUGAUUUUUGAAUGUAAAAAUAGACUUAAACUUACAUUCAACAUUUUUAGUGUAGAUAAUUUAAUAUAAAAUCAUGCUUCCUUCAUAUUUUCGAGCAAUCAAUUUGAAUACGGUAAAUUUAAUAUUUAUCUAAAUAUGUGUUUUAUUUUUAACAAAAUCGACAAAUAUUCUCAUGGCAAAAAAACUUCUUGUUUUAUUUUAUUUUGAGAUUGUUUGUAACCAUUUGAAGGUGUUUUGCCCAGAUAAAGAUAAAUGUAUUACAAACAUGUUGUUUAUUUUUUAAUAAAUAUUUGAA